AUGUCAGCAGAUUUUGCGAGCCUCAGCAUUGCCGAAUUCCUUACCUUCGACCCAAGGCCUACUUUCGUUGUCGAGCUCGAUGGUCCCGGAAAUAAGUCACUGUCAUCACCCACCAUAAUAUACUUCAACCCAGCUCUCAACCGCAAUGCAAAUCUUUCGGCGGUUAUAUCGGAACUGCCUCGAAAUCGCCAUGCGGAGACAUGGCGGUGGGUGACGGCGCACACAACGCCUGGCGCCGAGUCCUCAAAGCUGCACGUCGGCGUGUACUGGACUCGAACUACUAUACAAGGCCGAUGGGUCGUGGUCAGUGGGAACGCACAGACCCCAGACCCAAGACAGCAUAGCCCACUGUCGCCUCUUCCAACACCCCCUCAAGAUGCCAAGGACUUUUUGCCCAAGAGCAUAAUGACCGGUGGGCGGGAAGCUUAUGACACCGGACUCCCACUCGAAAUAACACCCGACGAAGAACCGCGAACGAUCGAAUUGGUACCCGCCGGAGGCUCAAUCGACAAUCAAGGGGGACGAGAUGACUCGGCCCAUCAGGAAUGGACCGUGUCGACUUCGGGAGCAGACGAGGAACCCUUUUUCAAAACCAUCACUGCAUAUGACUGGGCUUCCACACCCCUUGGCCCUCACCAUACUUGGUCUCCUCGGCUCCAACAUGCUGUCAACCAGAUCAUGGUGGACUCUCGAUGCCUAGCUAUAUAUUGGGGAAGCGACUACACGGCAAUAUACAAUGAAGCUUUCAGCACCCUAUGUGGCAAGCGGUACAGCACUGCUCUGGGCAGGCCUGUCGAUGAGAUCUGGCCAGAGAAAGGCGAGCACUUGAGGGCCAAAAUGGCUGAGAGCGCCCGCCGAAAGCGUCCAAACUGCAUUGAGGAAGAGUGCGGUGUCUUUGUCGGAGGGGCAGAUGGGUCUCUGCGUGAGACGUAUCUGAAGUGGUCACUGAUUCCGAUGACAGAAGAUGGCAAGGUUGUGGGAUUCAUACACUCUGUCAUGGAGAUCACCUCUAUGCGGCUAUGGGAGCGACGCAUGAAAAUGCUCAUCGAUCUUGGAGAGUCACUAGUCACCGCCAGAGACAUCAAAGCAUACUGGAGGAAGACCAUCGAGCAUAUGGAGGCCGUAAGGCCUACCUACGACGUCCCGCUAGCGAUUCUGUACUCUGUCAGCUGCAGGAGGAACUCCGGAGACUCGUCCGGCCUGAACAACAAGAACGAGGCUAGAUUGUGCUAUCUCGAAGGCUCGCUGGGUGUUCCCCGGGGCCAUCCGAUCGCACCGCCUAGACUGAACCCUCAAACCAGCGAUAGGGGUCUUGCUGUAGCUUUCAGACUGGCCCUUCAAGAACUAAAACCCAUCCGGAUUAGAAUGGAUGGCGAGAGCUUCCCACCGCAACUCCUCGAGGGUCUUCGGUGGCGUGGGUUUGGUGACCCCUGCCAAGAAGCUCUGGUCUGUCCCAUAAGACCAACCAAGGACGAAGAAAUCAUGGGGAUCCUAGUUCUCGGCCUGAACCCUCGGCGGCCUUACGACAGUGGAUACCGGCAGUACAUCUCUCUUCUCGAUCAGCUGUUAAGGACAUGCUUGGCCUCGACCGUCUUACUUGAAGAGGAGGCACGCAGAGGCAAAAAGGCCGCCAAGCAAGCGGCCCAAAACCAGGCCAUGCUGAUGGAGCGCAUUGGAGAACAGGCCAAAGAAGCCAAUGAGUUCAUGCAACGUUUUGAGUCGGUGGCACAGUUUUUGCCGGUCGGUGUAAGCUUUGGAGACGGCCAAGGAAAUAUUACAUUCGCCAACGAUGCCUGGUACAGGAUUACCGGGAUCCAGCGAACCCGGCCACAAAACGGUCACAUAUCCAUGGAGGAUUUCUUGGCUGUUGUCUUGGACGAGGAUCGCAAGGUCGUAGUGCGUGCCUUUGAUGGCAUAAAACGAGGCGAAAACGCGACGUUCGAGUUCAGGGUCAAACGAUACGACCGCGACGAAGAAGGAAACGGAGCUUUGACGUCCUUGUCUGGGGUUCAAUCUCCAAGCUUCGAAAAGGCAGGAAUGGAUUUAGUAGGACUUGGCGACACCAGGGUGUGUCUUGCCUCGGCCAAGCCAGAGAUGUCCACCAACAGCAACAAGCCCAUGCGCAUCAUGAUUUGCUUGACCGACGUGACGCUACACAAGAGGACGGCGGAGGAAGCUGUGCGUAGGGCACAGCAAGCCGAGAACCUCAAGCGGAUGGCCGAACUUGCAACUGUCGGAAUGUACGGUAUGGAUCUGGAGGGGAGGCUUCUUGAGGCGAACAAUGUUUUCUACGAGAUGUGCGGCAUCAGAAAACUCGACGACCCAAAGUCAAGCGGCGAGGACACCAAGCCAUUUGAUCAAUGCGUUGUUGCCGAAGAUCUUGACGUCUUGAAGGGAGCAAUUUCUCGUUUGGUCAGCGAAGGAAGGACACAAACUGCCGAGUUGAGGUUCAAGAAAGACUGGUCAAUCGAGGACGAAGAUAGCGGUGUCAGAGUUGUGGCCCCUCGGUGGAUGGUUGCGACAUUGAUGCCUGUGAGGGAUGCAGAUGGUGUUAUCUGCUCCUUCACAGGCUGCCUGAGUGACGCAUCACUGCAAAAGUGGCAGUUGGAACGGGAAAGGCUGCGCAAGGAGGAUGCCAUUGAGUCCAAACGACAACAAGAGAGUUUCAUUGACAUGACGUCGCAUGAGAUGAGAAACCCGCUUUCCGCAAUCAUUCAUUGUGCCGAUGCUGUAAUAGCAUCGCUGACCAGAUGCCAGAGGAUUGAGCAGCGUGCUCUAGGCAAUGAGAACACGCAGAGCGGGUUGUUUCCAAAGCUCGAGAAGCUGACAGUUGGCCGUGGAAACGAGGGACGCGACUGGGCCAAGGAGACUACGAGUCGAACAACAACCGAAGUCGCAGAGAACUCGUUGUUGGCUCAUCCCAGCAGCUUCGGGGCCUCCGCCGAUCGUCCCCAGCUCAUCAAGAACGGCAUUGACAACGCAGAGACGAUUAUUCUAUGUGCGCAGCACCAGAAGCGCAUCGUUGAUGACAUUCUCACUAUGUCCAAGCUCGACUCGAAGCUCCUGGUCGUGACCCCCGUGACGGCCGAUCCAAUCCAGAUAGUACAGGAGUCACUCAAGAUGUUUGAGGUCGAAGCUCGUCGUGUUGAUAUCGAGUUGAGGAUGGCUGUCGAUCAGUCAUAUCGAGAUUUGGACAUUGAGUUUCUGAAUCUGGACCCCUCCAGGGUAAAGCAGGUUCUCAUCAACCUCCUAACCAAUGCGCUCAAGUUCACCUCCGGAUCCGGGCCUACCAGGGUGGUGUCUGUGGGAAUCAGCGCGUCUACGAAACGACCGGACGAGGGUACGUCGGCUGUACAAUUCAUCUCUCGAGAAGAGGAUUCGGAACCGGACAAGAAAGGAAGAGGAAGUGAUGAUGAUGACGACAACAAGCAUGUGGAUGGAGGGUGCGACAAUAAGAAGACUCGAAAAGGGCCCAUUUACAUCAUGUUCAAAGUGAAGGACACAGGACAGGGCCUGAACGAACAGGAAAAGAAGAUCCUAUUCAAGCGAUUUGUGCAGGCUUCAUCACGGACGCACGUUAAGUACGGCGGGUCCGGACUUGGCUUGUUUAUUUCGCGACGACUGACUGAGAUGCAAAAUGGAGCGAUCGGUGUUGCAUCCUCGCCUGGCGUUGGGUCAACAUUUGCGUUCUAUAUUCAGACUUCAUGGCCGGAUCAGGAUGCACUUGAGGAGGCACGCAGCUCAGCCAAGGUCCUGGCCGCUGCCGCUGAAAGUUCCGGAACCCCUAUAAAGACCAACUUGCCGGUCAACAAGCAACCUCCGGUGACCUCAUCUCGCAUUCCUCCGUCGCCUCUGCAGGAGGACAUUGGCGUCAAAGGCAUAAUGAUCGUGGAGGAUAAUCUGAUAAACCAACAGGUCACGCGUCGAAUGCUCGGGGACCGUGGCUACGCCGUCGAUGUUGCGAAUCACGGCUUGGAGGCUUUGGAAAAGCUCAGGACGUCGAGCAGAUUUGUGGGCAACGAUUCAGAUCUCGCCAGGAAGGACGAUUUGCCCAACAUAAGCGCCAGUAGCCACAAUGGGAUUGCCGCAGCUGCCAUCACUGCUGCUGUAUCCACGACCAGCGUCGAGCCGACCAGCAAGUUUGAACUAGACAUCAUCUUGAUGGACAUUGAGAUGCCUAUACAGGACGGUCUUGCGUGCACGAGAGCAAUCCGAGAACUGGAACGGCAGGGCAAAAUCAUCACACGGCCUGGACUUGGGACCAGCAGGUUACCAAUCAUCGCGGUCAGUGCCAACGCGCGCAUGGAGCAGAUUCUCGAGGCAAAGGCCGCAGGCUGCGAUGACGUCCUGGUCAAACCUUACCGCAUGCCCGAGCUCAUGGAAAAGAUGAGAAUAGUAUUGAACAGCCUGAGGGCGACUUCACCUGCCGAGAGCGAGUGA